AUGGUGGGACGGCGCGCCGUCGCGCUGACGCUCGCCGGCUCCGCCGGCGCCCUCAUCGUCGACGAUCCCAAGUGGAAACCGGGCACGUUCCCGCUGACGAAGGACGUCAUGCUCGAGGACACCUGGGGCUACGUUGACUCGGACAAGUACCUGCCCCUGAACCACAAGGGCCACGAGUUCGUCAACGCGCACUGCGGCGAGAACGCCGACUUCGAGGACAACAUCCCGCUCAAGGAUUACGGACGCUUGAGCACCGUGAACUGGUACCCUGACACGCAGCGGUUCCGCGACUUCAAGGGCGCCGUCCGGCGCAUCGACAUGGUGCCCGAGAACGCGGCGAGCUACAUCCGGGGCUCGAGCCACGCGAAGAACAUGGAUUUCGAGACGAAGCAGAAGAUCUACGGCGACGAGCACAUCUCGCUGCGCAACUGCCGCAUCAAGACGCCCGAGGACGGCGGCGCGUGGCACGUGCAGCGCGUCGGCCCCUACCGGAGCCACGGCAACUACGACUGGUGGCAGAUGGGCUGGCAGGACGUCGCCUUCUUUUCGGAGGCGCUCGCGAAGCACCCCGAGGGCAUCGACGUCAACAAGUACAUCCUGGCGCCCGUGGACAAGCACGGGACCCACAUCGGCCACCCGCCGCUCCACAUCCACCACAUCCAUCUCGUCGCCCAGGACGGCAUCCGGCCGCGGAACCAGCUCCGGGUGUACUGCCACCCGGGUCCCAAGUACUUUGGGAGCAACAUCGACAACGUGCUCAAGCAGAAGAACUGCUAUAAUUCGUCCCUCUUCUUCGAGCAGCACGGCGACUACCAGUGCGAGCCCGAGGACGACGGCACCUCCUGCUUCAGUCAGGGCGACGAGAACACGAUGCGCCGCAUUUCCGAGCCGCUCGACAUCGAGGGCGACUUGAACGACGUCCGCCCCCCGAACUCCGAGGAGAUCGAGUGGUACUACCAGGUCGCCAUGCACUGGACGCCGCUGGACAGAACUGUUGACGCGACGUCCAUGGUCACAAUCAUGGCGCCCGGCGAGUCCAUCCCCAGCGACCAGCUGUCGCGCGUCGGCACGUUCCCGACGCCCACGGACCGGCCGACCUUCAUCUGGUACACGGGCCACAUGUGGGCCGACGGCGAAUUGGUCCGCAACAAGCUCCACGCGCACAACAUGGUCUUCGAGUCGUCCCAGUUCUAUGCGGCGACGCCCGGCGAUUUGGGGCUGGAGAAGGAGAAGUUCUACCCGUCCAGCGGCAAGGCGACGCAGACGCACUACACGAAGGAUGACCUGGGCUUCGAAGAUAACGACGCAUUGAUCACCUACAUGCAGGACCACAUGAAGGUCGCCCAGACGACCUGGGACAGCAAGUGCGGAACCAUCAACCCGAACUCGAAAAUCGACGCGUGCCGCCGUCGCCGCCCCUACAUGGUCUCCGCGGCCGUCUACGACGGCGAGGAGACCGAGUUCGACACGAUCGCCGGGAAGAUGAGUUUCAGCUUCGACCGGCGCCCCAAGACCUACAGCCGGCCCUGGGUCUUUAAGAAGGGCGAGCAGUUUGUCGUCACGGGCUUCUCGCGGCCGCUCGACCGGCCGCCGAAGCCCGACAAGCCCACGGACAUCCCCUCGCACAUCCCGGGCCACGUCACCUGGGGUUUUUGGCACAAGCGCCACGGCUGGUUCCACUCCUACUUCUCUCGGGUGAUCUGCAACCAGCACUCGAUCUUCUUCGACGCGGGGACGGAGUACGGCAUCGGCGACAUGGUCGGCAUCCUCGCGAGCGUCGUCUUCAACGACGGCCUCCCUUCGAACAACAACCUGCGCUACUACGGCUCCUUUGCCCCCCUCGUCUUGCUCAUCGCCAUCGGCUCCUCCGGCACCUACGUCGCGACGAAGAAGAAGAACGAUUAG